AUGUUAUCUAACAUUAAAGAGCCUGGGCCUGGAUUCGAAUAUUUUCUGAACACUUCUUGCCAAGACUGGGAUGCGUUUGUCACAUUCAGUAGUCACCCACUUCUUUCGCCUCCAUACUUCGUCGCCAAUACUACAGCUACCCAUGGAACUUCAUCUUCGCAUGGUUAUGGACUUCGCCUCCGCUAUUGGCUACAGCUACCCAUGGAACUUCGUCUUCGCAUGGUUAUGGACUUCACCUCCGCUGUAACUGAAUCUAUGAAAACAGGAUUAAUUGACAAUUUUUGGUUGAAGUAUAAUAACGAUAUCAAUUUUACGAAACAUGAAAAGAUGAAGGUCAACAGUACAUUUUUAUCUUGCGAUGGAGUACAGAUUGGUUGCAUUGGUAAUAAUAUUCAAGCAAAAUGCAAGCGAGAUUAUAAAAUCCAUGAACAACCGAGUGUUGAAGAAGAAACUUCAGCAAUACCAACGAAAAUGAGGAAAUUAGAUGAAAAAUUUAAUGCAACAAAGUCUUCCUCUGAGCUUCUUCUCUCUAUGAACGUAAAACAAACAUCCACCAUUUCUGAACCUGAUGAUAAAAGCACUGAAGAGCUCGGGGACGACGAGGAAAUUAAAUUUGAUCUAGCAAGGAUUUCGAUGGAAUUGCAACGCGAACCGAGAACUAAAUGGGAAGUUGGUUGUAUUAACGUAACCGAUAGAUUUCGGUGGUAUCAGAAAGAGGUGAUCCAGAAGGCGGAGAGAGGUGGUUUAAAAUAUGCAAAUAUUUACGAAGUUUUAGCCUUAUCGUCAAUCAUGGUGCUUUGUUGGCCGUGUUCAUAUCCCAUGUUUACAAACAGAGAGUGGAAAGAAAUAACAAACACCAAUCCUUAUGUUAUAAAUGAACCACCACUUUCGCCUGAGAUUUCAUCUUCUCUUCAUAAUGCAACUCGUAUACAUUUAGUUAAUAAUGAUAUUUUUAUGAAUGGUGGAAAUUCGGAUUUAAGUAGAGCGGUCACAUCUAAGUGUGUUCCUAAAGUUGCACCAUUGAAAUUAUCUGAAGAAGAACAUUGUUACAUGUUCCUUUAUCCAAUCAGUCGACCGUUAUUUACUGGGUCUGAGAAAGAAUACGAGCUUAGAUUAAACCGUGCUAAUAAGGGCACAAAAAAAGACCAGAUCUUUCCUGCACGGAAGGAUAGCCUAAAAGUACAACUAAAUGCCCGAGAAUCAAUCAAUCUGCAACUGGAAACUAAGGGAGGUCCAGGUGAAGCUGGUAUAUUUCUAAAUAUGGGCGAUUUAAUGGAAUCAUUCUUCAUGGAUCUGCAAUACGAUGGUUUAUACCGUUCCUGGCCGUUUCUUACCACAAGACUUGUGAUUGAUAAGACUACGAUUCCAUUAGCAGAGUCUGCAAUCGGCCAUUUAGUGGCUUUGGAGGAACGUAUCGAGAAAAUUGCGGAAAACUACAAAUAUCGGAGUAGCCAAUUCACGCCACCUGCACAGAUGUCUUUUGUGCGUAAACUUCCAGAUUCUCCACAAGUAAAGUUGUUACUUCAUUAG